AUGCAGCACUAUAGAUGCUAUCCAUGCUGUCCCAUCCUCCUGGGGAAACAUCGAGAGAAGAACUGUAGUGUUCAUCUUGCUUUUCUCGAUCUCGACAAGCUUUCGACCGUGUCCCACAUGAGCUCUUACGGAUGUCCACGAGGUCCCAUAGAGUACCAGAAGAAUAUGUGGGGUGGACGAAACUGCUUUAUGCGAAGCCUACCAGCGUUGUGCGGUGUGAACAAGCAGGCUAUUCCUUGUACCAGUAGGGGUUCAUCAGGAUUCAUCACUUUCGCCCUGCUGUUCAUGCUGUGCGUGGACACAAUAACGAAGGGAAUCCAGAACCCACAUUUGUGGACCUUACUCUUUGCCGACGAUAUUAUGCUCACGUCGGAGUCUCGAGAUGAUCUUCAAAAACAAGUACGCUCUUGGAAGAAUCGGCUGCAGCAACAUGGAUUGCUUCCAGUGUAUCAAAAACUGAGUACAUGGAGUGAUCAAGGAUAG